AGGUGAUUUAUUAAAAUUGGAAAUGUGGUUCGACUGUAUUGGACCAAGCCCGGAUUGAGACAUUACAGUUUACGAUAUGCAACAAUACACGAAAUGGUACUUUAAUGUCAAACGACGUCUGGCUGUUAUUAAAGGAGAUUCUUACGUAGAACUUGAACCAACCAAAACCGACUCACCCUACAAAAUUAAAUUUGGUGGUCAGUACCACACUUGGUGUUUGUGGCGGAGUGAAGAAAACUUUACCUACGUGAAGCGACUCACUGUUUUAUUAUCAACUAUUUUGAUGAUAUUCGCACUCGUUUUGAUUCUUCAAGGAGUACCGUCGUUCCAGUUCAGAGACGGUUUUGAUUACUACAGAUACGGUAUAGACGUGUUUACUGUUCUAACAGCCUUCGUCAGCUCAUUUCUGGUGUUUCUUUUACACCUCAUGCUUGUGUGGUGUUUUCGGUUGUCAAAAAUUGAAUUUUCUGGACGAAAACCAGACGAAACAGUGUCAUUUAAAAUGACCGCAGUGUGCUUGAUUCUAGUGACAACUUUUAUAAUUGCGUCGGCAUCGUUUUUGACUAUUUGUGGCUUUUGGGUUCCUUAUAAUAAAAGUCUUGUCUGGUUAACCACGUGUGGUAUUGGUCUACUUUUUACAGUUUUAAUCUACGAAAAUAUGUUUGCUUUUGUACAAAAUAUGUUGUGCAAAAUGGAAUUGAAAAACAAUAUUAGACUGAAGUUUCACGAAAUUUGGAGAUCCACGGAAACCCAAAGGUACACUUUGUACAAAAGAUUCGGCGAUCCUUUGUUACGACCGUACUUCCAACAUUUAUAUAGACCAAUGCAAACCGCCAUCAUCAAAAAAAAACGGGAUAUAGUUAAACAUCGGCGCGAUGUUAUCUCAGAGUUAGAAGAUUUGGUUAUGUUUACCAUCUACAUCGUCAUUUUAUACGUGGUAAUCCUAGCUAAUAAGGACAAUCUAAUAGUACGUGGAAAAACAGAAAUGAAAGAGAUGAUGGAAGGAGUACAUACUAGAAGUUUGAAUUUUCAUGAUGUUGAAACGAUCGAACGUAUUUAUGAGUACUUCAACAGUACUUUAAUUUCGUCGCUGCAACCUAGGAAAUGGUACGGAAAUUUUGUCGUUUCAGAAUCAGGAAUGAUGGUAGACGUGACUAACAAAUACAUCGGAGUGGCACGUUUUAGACAACAUAGAUCCAAAGUGAAUGCGUGUGUAAUCGCAAAACCUAUGAGAUUCAUACAAAAUAGUUGCUCACCGGAAUUUUCGUUAUUUAAAGCGGCUACUGGAAUAUUUGGUUACGCGGUACAAACAAAUAUUGCUUAUUUGCAGUUUGACAGGUUGAGACAUAUAUGGGUGUAUGCAUCCUCAGCAAAAACUGGGUCACUGGGAACUACAGGAAAGUUCACCACAUACUCUGGAGGCGGCUACGUUUCCUACUUAGGUCGUACCCUCUACAACUCCUAUGCCAAUCUUGAACGGAUUGUGGCAAAAUUUUGGAUUGAUCGAAAAAGUAGGAGCAUGUUCAUUGAAUUUUUGACCUAUAACGCUAAUUACAAUGUUUUCAACGCAAUUACUUUGUUGUUCGAACAAAGUGUCACUGGUUACACUUUUAAGCGAGUUGAGGUUUAUGCUGCACGAAUGUUGUUAGUUCACAAUGAAGUAGAAACAAUUUCGUAUACUUUCUUUGCGCUUUUCAUUCUAUGGGUGGUACUAUUUUUUUUUAAACAGUCAGUAGGAGUCAUCAAGAGAGUUCGCACCUUUUACAAAGACGUUUGGUUUAUGAUAGAUUUUUUAAUCGUUCUUAUGAGUAUGGCUUGCAUUUUUUUGUUCAGUUUUAGAAUGCACUUGAUUAAAAUUUACCUCAACAAACUGGAAAGUAUCAGACGUAACGAAUUCUUAAACUACUUUUAUCUUUUCUACUUGGAAGAUUUCUUGACAGUUUUUGCUGCCGUUUUGGUGUGUGUGGCUACAAUCCGGCUUUGGAAAUUUCUCAGAUUUGGAACUAUGUUCAGAGUGUUAGAACGCACGCUUUCAAUAUCUGCGGUACCACUUGGUAGUGUUACCUUCAGUUUCACUGUUUUACUAGUAGCAUUUUCUAUAGUGAUUGUCAUUUUAUUCGGGAAUGAAUUUGAAAAACUCGAUACUAUUGUCCAAACUGUGAGGUUAUUAAUCAUCAUGUCUUUCAAAGCUGGCGAAUUACAACUAUCAAGGUUCGUAGAUUACAAAAACGCUGUUUUCUAUUUUACUGCCUACAGUAUCGUUGUAAAAAUUGUCACUUUCGUUUACAUCAUGAUCAUCGUCAUGUCGUAUACAGAAGCCCAGCUAGAAUUUUCAACAACGACAGACACAUACAACAUCAAACACUACGUACUAGAACAAAUGAAGUACGUGCCUAGAUUGAUCAGAUAUAAAUUUUCAAGACUUGCGGGUGGACAAAGCAAGAGUAAAGUAGAACCCAAAUCAGAUAAAUUUCUUUAUCUUAAUAGUUACAAUGUGGCUUUAAACCGCAUGAAAAUGAUGGAGGAUGUGACAAAAUGCGCCAUAAGACACAUAAAUCGCCCACUUUCUGUCACUGACAACGAUAUAAACUUGAUGCUUGCGAUUUGUCGACACACUUUUGUGAAAAGUGAAUACGAAACUGAAAUUUUUUUGAAAGGACGAGUCAAAGGAAACAGGAUCACGCUUAUUGACGAAAAACGAAUUCUGAUGAUCGUGGAAGUUGUUCAUGCUUUGCUUGAAGAAGGAUCGAAGGAAGAGCGAGUCGAAGAAACACGUGGAGAUGCAGAGGAGUGCGUUCGUUAUAUUGGAAAACAUUUAAAGACACUCAGAAGGUGCGAUUUGUUAUUGAAGUUAGUUUUAUUUAAAAUUGGUAAAUUUGAGGAUGAUUUGUUGAAAAUAAAAAGCUGA